UUAUGAGCGUACAUGAUCUCAAAAUAAGUUUAUGAAGAAAAUCUCUCGAUCUCUAUCUUUCCAGGGAUUUGAACUUCGUUUCUUUCUUCCGUAGCAACCAUGGUUUCAACGCACAAGCUAAAAUCCGUUGAUUUUUACAGAAAAAUCCCUAGAGAUUUGACGGAGGCAUCACUGUCAGGUGCUGGAUUAUCUAUCAUAGCUGCCCUUUCAAUGAUGUUUUUGUUUGGAAUGGAACUGAAUGAUUAUUUGACUAUCAGCACUUCUACAUCUGUAAUUGUUGACAGGAGUCCUGAUGGGGAGUCUUUGCGCAUUGAUUUUAACAUUAGUUUUCCAGUACUUUCAUGUGAAUUUGCCUCCGUUGACGUGAGUGAUGUCCUGGGAACUAACAGGUUGAAUAUUACAAAAACUGUCCGUAAGUACCCUAUAGAUAUAAAUUUAAAGCCUAUAGGAUCCGAAUUCUAUUCUGGACCAAUUUCAAGAGAUGUUAAGCAUGAUGAUGAUUUUGAUGAAGAGUAUACUGAAGGUUCUGUUCAAAUAAAUUCACAUAACUUUGAAAGAAUUUCACUGAGGCACCCUAUUUUGGUUGUCAAUUUCUUUGCUCCUUGGUGUUACUGGAGUAAACGCUUGAAACCUUCAUGGGAGAAAGCAGCAAAAAUUAUACGAGAAAGGUACGACCCAGAAGUUGACGGCCGAAUAGUUGUGGGGAAGGUUGAUUGCACUGAAAAUAUUGUAUUUUGCAAACGGAAUCACAUUCAAGGGUUUCCAUCCAUACGGAUUUUUCGUAAAGGAAGCGAUAUUAGGGACGACCAUGGCCUCCAUGAACAUGAAUCAUACUAUGGAGAUCGAGAUACUGAGAGCUUGGUCAAAGCUAUGGAAAACUUGAUUGAGCCUAUUCAAUUGGACUCACAGAAGAUGGCUCUAGGCGAGAAACCUAGCAAUUUGUCAGAUGUUGCUAAAAUGCCUGCACCAUUGGCUGGAGGAUGUAGAAUUGAAGGUUUCGUUCGUGUAAAGAAGGUUCCAGGGAACCUUGUAAUUGCAGCUCGUUCAGGAGCACACUCCUUCGAUGCUUCUCAGAUGAACAUGUCUCACAUUAUAUCGCAUCUAAUGUUUGGCAAAAAGGUCUCUGCUGCAUUAAUGGAUGACAUGAGACAGUGGUUGCCUUACUUGGGUGGAAACCAUGACAGAUUGAGUGGUAGAGCGUAUAUCACUCACACGGAUGCUUCAAAUGCAAACAUCACUAUUGAGCAUUAUAUUCAAGUAGUGAAAACAGAGGUUAUAACACGCAGAUACUCCCUUGAACAUCAAUUAGUCGAAGAAUACGAGUACACAGCUCACAGUAGUUUAGUACACAGUCUUGAUGUCCCUGUUGCAAAAUUCCAUUUUGAUCCUUCUCCAAUGCAGAUCUCAAUAACAGAAACUUCAAAAUCCUUUUCACAUUUCAUAACAAGUGUAUGUGCAAUCAUAGGCGGCGUUUUCACGGUAGCUGGGAUAUUGGAUUCCCUUCUUCACAACACCAUAAGGAUGAUGAAAAAAGUUGAUCUUGGGAAAAACUUUUGAUAGAAAACUCAUGAUAGGAGAAUUAAUUAGUCUGAUUUUGUGUAGUAAGUAAUAUAUUGAAAAGAUUAACAACUACUCUAGCAAGUAAUCUGGACAUUAUAGAAAUCUUGCUGAGAAAUCAAAUCAAGUUGAUGAAGAAGAAAAAUAUGUAAAACUGAAUCUUAAUUAUUCUCUUCUCUUUGCUUUAGAGAUAUGUUACAAGUUUUGCAAUUAUGGUUAGUUGAGUUGUUUAAGGAAACAAGGUUAAGGUCAUAUGUUAAUGACUAAGGUAUAAUAAACAUUGUAUUAUUAGAACUUUUUAUCACAUGUUAUGAUGUAGAUCAUAUUUGUUUGUGU